UAUAUUCCAUGACUUAAGCAAUGUGUUCUUUCGUUGCCUUUUCUCGCUUUUAACACACAGACCCUACAUGUGCAGCACACAACCGGAGAUCUUAAUUAGGCCCAUACGGACAGGUCGAUGUGAUAUUUUCUUGUUUUUUUUUCUCUCCUCCUCAUAUCGAGAACUCAUUUUUUUGUAGCCACAUUCCCUUCAGGUAUGCUGACUUCAUAGAUGCGGAAUGCUGCGAAUCACCGCCGAGGGUUUGUUGUAAAAGGCAGGCUUAUCAAAUUCAUUAUUCGAGAAGUCUGUAAUGUUAGCUGUCAGUUGAAUGCAGGUCAUUUGGACGCGCUUUGCGAAGCUGUUUGGUUUUCCAGUUGAACUCAAUGCAUAGCGUAAUUGGCACUCGGCAGGUUCAGGACGUGAUUUUUAAUAAGCAGUUUUCUCCGCUGAGCUUGUCUUAUGUAUAUAUAUUUCCUUCAGAGGUAUUCCCGACCGCAACUUUUUUAAAGUAUAUAAUUUUUGAGCCCUUUUACACAGUGGCCAUGCACUGACUGGCCCGAAACAAGGCAGAGGGGGAAUUACUGUGGGUGCGAUCGCAUUGACUUCAAGACCAGACUGUAGAACUUGUUGCAUGAAGCCAAGCGCAAGCCUAGACAGUGGCUGUGUUUUUCUGGGAAGUGGCGAGAUGAUCCAGAAUGCAGAGUCUGACUGGUGCUCAAACCCUCCUGAGUGACAGCUAAAGCUAGAGAGAUGAAGCUGUCUUCAAUGCAAAAGGGCACUAAAUCUCUGUCUGGCGGUGACAGAGCAGCUGUGGAGAAACCUCGGGUGUCGUUCUUCGGCAGGAUGGGAUCGCUUCUAGAAAAGCGGCACGGCAGCAGGCUGAAAUUUCACACAUAAAAGUGCAUCUCUACAGCCAAUAAGAAGACAAAGUGACUGAAGACUUUCAUCUACAAGGCCAUAUAUCCAGAGAGGAGAAAAGGUGCCUGAUCCUGUUGUCCCUGGCUUCUCUUUGUGCUGAAAAUUUGGAGCCAUGUGGAACCCGACGAACAAUAACGAUCAGACGGGCCAGGUGGCUGCCAGGAUGGAGACUACUCCAGCUUUGGGUACCGCCAGCAUCUCCAUCUCCCAGCAGCAGGCGCCUAAGAAAUUUGCCCCUAUGGUUGCACCCAAGCCCAAGUUCAACCCCUACAAACAGCUGGGAGAACCUGGCCAACCCGACACUGGAGUGGACUACCCUCCCCCUCCGCCACCUGCUGAAGAGUCAAGUGGUCUGCCUUCAUCCCCAGGUUCCUUUCCUCCUCCUCCACCAGUGAACUCAUAUGAGUAUCAGAUGAAAGGACCAGAGAAAACCCUGGAGGAGAGGCGCUCUAGUCUGGAUGCUGAGAUUGACUCUCUCACCAGUAUCCUGGCAGACCUGGAGAGCAGCUCACCCUACAAGCCACGGAGCACACAAAACUCUGGUGCCCCAGCAGUAACCACUCCAAACGCUCCUGUUACGGGCUACAAGCGCAUGGUCAUUCCCACCCAGCCGCCUCUGACUGCGACCAAGAAGUCUACUCCCAAACCCCAGGCCCCCGGGGGAGCCUCUUCCAUUCCCCCUCCCUCUGCUGGCCCAGCAGCUAAGCCUCAGUGCCAGAUGGCACCUCAGCCCGUUGCAGCCUCUUAUGCUACAGCCUCCACCCCAAGCCAGCCCACCUUCAAUGUUCAGGUGAGGUCUGCUCAGCCAGGCCCACAGCAUCAAGCCCCAGGCCAGCACUUUGCCCAGCAGCCUAUUCGCAACGCUGCACAGGUGCAAUAUAUGCCUGCCCAACCCAAAGGUCCUGACUUUGCCUAUGGACCACCACAGCCAGGCUUUUCUCCCAUGGCCCAGGGUGCCUAUCAAGACCAGCAGUAUCCUGGAGUAACCCAUGGAGGAGGCCCAAGCACCUGGAGACCCGAGCCCACUCCCAACCAAGGGUAUCAGCCCUCUGGCCCUAAGAAGACCUACAUCACAGAUGUCCCACCAAGUUUGGCUCCCUACUCCCCUGGACCCGUGGUUCCACCAAAGGGCGGUGCACCCAGCAACCCAGCGGCCCACCCUGAAGAUGAGCUGGAGCGCCUGACCAAAAAGAUGCUGUAUGAUAUGGACAACCCUCCAUCUGAGGAGUAUUUUGGGCGCUGUGCCAGCUGUGGAGAGAAUGUAGUGGGUGAAGGCACCGGAUGCACCGCCAUGGACCAGGUCUUCCAUGUUGACUGCUUCGUCUGCAUGACCUGCAGCACCAAGCUGCGUGGCAAGCCCUUCUACGCUGUGGAGAAGAAGGCGUACUGUGAGCCGUGCUAUAUUAACACCCUGGAGACCUGCACCAUCUGCAGUAAGCCCAUCAUGGAGCGCAUCCUGCGGGCUACAGGGAAGGCCUACCACCCUCACUGCUUCACCUGCGUGGUGUGCCAGCGCAGCCUGGAUGGCAUCCCUUUCACCGUGGAUGCUGCCAACCACAUCCACUGCAUCGAGGACUUUCACAAGAAGUUUGCUCCGCGCUGCUGUGUGUGCUCUGAGCCUAUAAUGCCAGCGCCAGGCCAGGAAGAGACUGUGCGUAUUGUGGCCCUGGAUCGUGACUUCCACGUGCAGUGCUACCGCUGUGAGGACUGUGGCUCUCUGCUCUCUGAGGGGGAUAACCAGGGCUGCUACCCUCUGGAUGGCCAUGUCCUUUGCAAAAACUGUAACACCAGCCGCAUCCAGGCUCUCACCGCCAAGGCUACCACUGACCUCUGAACAACCCCAGCGCCUGGUCACCUCCACUGUGUUAACCCCAUGACCUCCCCAUCUCUCUCUCUCUGUCUCUCUCUCCCUCUCCCUCUCUCUCUCUCCCUCUCUGUUUCUGUCUCUCUCUCUCUCUCAAGCAUUCAAGCAUACACACAAAACAUGCAUUCCUGAGCAUACCCAAAUACACAUAUAUAUAUAGCUGCAAUAACGAGAUGCAGCAUUGUGUAUGCACAUACGUAUGUAUUUGCAGAUCUGGUACAAUCACAGCGGCUUGCUAUAGAGGCUGACUGUAUUUUGACUGCUUUCGUGUGAAAUCACUUCUAUUCCAUCAGUUAACAGAGCCAAUAUGCAUAAUCAGUCAGUGGCCUUAUAUCUCAUUCCAUGGCAUAUUAACCGUCUUCAGACUGCAUGUUCCAGGCGGGGUGAAAAUGGUAUGAACCCGUACGAGGCCCGGAUCUUGCCUGCUCAUCAGCUAUUAUGAUCUAAAAUGGAGUUUGAUUCCAUCAAACCAUGCAAUAUGUUCGACACAUCUAGCCAAGAGGUACAGUAAAGUAAAAACGGAUGUGUGUGAGACUGUAGCUUUAGCAGUAUUUAGAAAAAUUGCGAGCGUAUAUUGUUUAGAAUAUGCAGUUCAUUUUAUUCUUUAGUGUUCAUACAGCGCCUAUACACAUACACUACACAAAGUCAGUCAAUAUAAAUGUAUAUAUGUAUGCGCAAAACACGCAGAAGCACACACUGAAGCUCAUUCUUGCACAACAGAGCUGAGAGGCGCUCAGCGAAACGUCUCCGAGUGCUCCAACUGAACACCAAAGAGUUUAAUUUAAAACGCCAUUUACAGUGUAUACUUAUUUUGUGUUUAAUCAUUAAAAUUACUUCUAUUGAUUGGGACUACGGGAGCUGCAUGCGGUGAUCCUCAGAGUCAAAAGACAAAAUCCGUUAGUAGGCAGCUGUUGAAUGCAAUUCCCUUUAUGAUAAACCCGCUGUAUCCUCUAAUACAAUUUGCUCUGAUGGACAUUGUUUGUUUGUUUAUUUUAUGUCAGUUCCAGACUAAUUAUGACACUCCAUAAACAUACAGUAGAUACAGCCAAAUUUUUGAGUGUAAUCACUCUUUAUUUUGGCGAAGGAUUUUUCUUUUCUUUAACAGGUAAACACCAUGUCCACAUAAGUGAACCAUUUGGCUUGAUGGAUUUUUUAAUUUCUUGUCAUAUCAUUUUUUUUUCUCCAUUUACCAUUACAUAGAUUAGAUCAUUUAUUGUAUUCUAAGCAAUCUUUCUUAGAGAAAAUAGAUAUGAGAUGGCUAUGCAAUUUUAAUAUUAAUUGCAUCGACACUUUAUAAGAAUAUGUGGAAUUUUUAUGAAUAAGGAAAUAUUUUAACUGUACAGAUUCAAGCAUAAGUGUCCUUUAUCAAAAAAAAAGUAUCAUGCCGCUGAUACUGUUUGUGACUUUGUAUGUCACUAUGCUGUAUGUCAGUAUUGAUUUUGCCCAUUGACACUCAUCUUUUAUUUUUAUAUAUGCAGUUUACAUUUAAGUGUAUGUCCUAGAAUUGAUGGGCAAAGAAGGGACCACGACUGUUUCCCCAAAAUUACUCUGAUUUAAUUGUUUGGUUCACAAAAGAAUCUCAAACCCUUCUUUUGGUUGUUUUGUUCAUAAUAACAGCACAAGUUUGAUUUAUAUAUUAAUUUCUUACAACAGCAGAAAUCAGUAACACAAGAUUUUUUUUUUUUUUUUUAAUUUACCACAAUAUAGUUAAGAGAGCGUUUGCUGGCCGAUUCGUUGGCCUGGCAGAGACAAUGGAUCACAUCUUGCAAGACAAAUUAUUUUGCAAGUCCCUACUAUAGUAGUUUCUUACAUGUGGAAUAUGUGGUAUAUUAUGAACAGCACAGCUAACUGGAACUUUGGGCAAUAUUAUGUGAAAUCGUGAUAUCACCAAACUAAAGGAGCAAUGAAGCACAGAUCUAUUAUUUUUUACUGUUAUGUUUUUUUGCUAAAAUGGUUUUGGCCUUCAGUGCCAUUUGCAUUAAAGAAAGUGAGUAAAAAGUAACAGCAAAAAAAAUCACCCAUUGUGAUCUGAAUGUUAGACCAAUUACAGCAGAGUCUUUGUUUUCAAGUUGACCAUGGCAAUGUAAUGAGCAGAGUAAGAUGGUAAAAUGAGGUGUGCUAAUAAGCCCAUUAAUGAAUUAUGAGUGAAUAGUAAUUUGACAUUGACAAGACCUUCACUGGUGCAGCUUUUCAACAUGAAAAUGGAGGGAACUGUUUAAUCAAGCUAUAGUAAAGUGUUUAAUAUAACCAUAAUUGGCAUUUAUCAAAUCCCAGUGAAAGUACAGUACAAGGUCUUUCCAUUUGAUUUUGACAAGGUGUCCAAGCUGGAGGUGAAUGGGUGGGCCAUUUGUUCAAUACCUUUUAAUCUGGUUGCUAUGGCACUGCUACCUUUGCAGGCAUAAUGUAUGUACCUUCACCUGGUCAGGCAGCCUAAACAGUACAGAGUAUAUCUUUUCUUCAGGACAGAUCUGAAUGCAGCUAAUAUUCUUCAUGACUCCCAGUUCAGCUAAACAGUGAGCAGAUGCUCUCUGUCACAUUGUAGUCCAAUACUAAGCACAUAGAAGGAUAAUAGUAAUAUAUACAUACAGUGAAUUCACAGUUCCUGGAGUGCCUUGGUUCUCAUGCAUGCGGAAAUUGUGAAAUCACUGUUAAAUACAUGUUUCUAAAUUUGUUAAUAAUAUCCUUAUAUGUGCUUUGGUAUGUUACAGUGUGGUAUUGAGUGUUAUUUAACUGUUUAUACGCUGUUUAUACAUGCUUCACUUGGGGGAUUGGGGAGUGCAUGUAAAAUAAAGUGUUAGUCUUGGUAUUAGACAGAUGAUUUCCAGUGGCUGUUAGCAACAUAAAAAGUCAGCACUCACUAUUGUAACAGAUAAUAGUUAAAAAUAUCUUUUUGCAGCAUCACUAGGUCGCUGAUGCUGCUCCUGAUGUGGCUGAGUUCUCGUGUUCAUGUUCGCUCUCUGUUGAGGGCUGGUAAAGGGCCAGCUCACGUACUUGGUCAAUUGGAUUAUGGUGAUAAAGGUGCGCCUAAAUUUGAACACAAAUAAAAAGACACAAAUCAAGCUGUCAAAGUGACUAGGUGUGCAGAGUGUCUGAACAGCAGUAGUACAGUAAUACUCAUUUAAAAUUCCAAUGCAGGUACUUUUCCGAGGCAGUCGUCUCCAAGUUGACUGUAGUCAGGGUUUUAUCCAUUAUUCACAGCUACAUCUCCAAUGUUGAUGUUAGUUCUUACUCUGCAGGAAAAGAAAACAUGCCAUUGUAAUAUUGUGCUAGCAGCGAUAUUCACCGUGUUGUCAGAUUGGUAGUGCAUGACCGCUGCACAGGAAAAUCUUUCUAGUACUGCAUUUCAUUGAGUUUAUGUAGUGACAGAGUGGGGAAAUAUUUUGAGUUGUAUUAUGGAUUUACAACAUCUACAUAACAAUGUAGAGCACAUAUAUUGCAGAAAUCACUUUGAAAAUGCUUUCUAAGAUCUUUCCAUAGUAGCCUCUCGCCUUCAGGAAAAAACAUUUCUGAACCAGAGGUCUUCAAGUUGUAGCUCGCCUCAAUAAUGAGAUGUUGCCAAAUCCAAAAUACAACGUGUUGCUCAUUUAAUGUUCUACUGAAAUAUCAAAAAAUAAACUUCUUUUUGUGAGGCAUAAUGUAGGCAUGUACGGAGACAUACUAGCUGUUGCCCAUGUCCUCAGAAAACGGGUUAGCAGGUUAGCAUGUCAAUGCUCAUUGAUUUACAAUUCCUAAUUCACUUUUUAGAUUAGCAGCUGCAAACUGCUCAGUAGGCUAAACAGCAAGCAGAAACAUGGUAAAUAUGAGUCAGUCAGUGAAUUGUGUUUAACAUUGCACAGCACUAGUAGGCAUUCAAAUGGGUUAUGAGUCAUUUACAAAUAUUCAUGAAUGUCUUGCAAAAAUGUCAAAGUUACGGUUUCACACUGUUUCACAAAUGGCUUAUUAACACCUUUUUACAAAGCAUACCCUUGAAAACGGAGUUACUUCUGCUGUAGGCUUUAUUGUCAAUCCUCAACUCUCAGUAUUCCUAUGGACCAUCCAAAUAAUAUACGGACAUCAACAACUUCACACAUCUUUGAGUAUAUUUGACAUAAGUCUGUUCAAAAUAAUGAGACUUAAGACCUUUUUAUGAUUUGUUCAUUUGUUCAUUGUUAUUUGUGUUGUCUACUGUCUUUAUUUUACCUAUCCUUGUAAAAGUGCCUUUGGCUAAACAUUUCAACAUAUUUCAGCGUGCCUCACCCAAUGAUUUUGCCUUGUUUACUUGUUUUUACCAAAGUAGACAAAGAGGAUACUUUUUUUUGCCAUUGAGGCCAACCAUAUGUCCAAAUAUUAGAUAUUUCUGUCAGGUAUGGUGCUUUACCUUGCAGCAGAGUGUCUUAAAAGGUGUUGAGUGUGAAAUUCACCUGAAAGAUCUUGGCCAUUUGCUGCUGUGGUAAACCGCCUCAUCUCAGCUGUUUUUUGAUCUUUGGAGGGGACAUUUAGUCAACUGCUGGUUUCCCCUUUCCUCAAUAAAAGCUUUGCAAUAGCA